GUGUGUGUCUAUGCGAGAGGGGAAGAGAAGUUCCUGGUGCCCCUCCAAAGCUCAUUAAGGACACUCGGGCCCUUUUAAUUUUAGGAAUGAAUGCUGAUACUUGUGUUUCUUAUUGUGAUCCGGCUGCCAUGGAUUCCUACUACAACGCAGCCUCUCAGGGCACAGAAGGCUCUUCGCCUUUUAGGGCAUUUCAAGCAAGUGACAAGUUCAGCCCUACUUUUCUGGCCAGCAAAGGACAAGGCUUUGGUGACAGCAGCACUAAGUGCCGGAGCCGCUACAGCCAGCCGGAAUGUCAGUCCCUGGAUGGCAGCGGGCAGGCUCCGGCCGCCUUUAACAAAUACCCUGCGCAGCAACAACAGCAACAACAGCAACAGCAGCUCUACAUGCAGCGAGGUCCCUGCAAAACCCCCCCGGAGAGCAACCUCAAGCUGCAAGACAGCAGCGGCCACAACGGAGCUCUGCAGGUCUCCUGUUACGGUAAGGAGAGCAGUCUGGGAGAAGCUGACUUGCAGCCGAGCUCUGACCCGCCGGGAAUGGACAGCAGCUACCUCAGCGUGAAGGAAGCCGGGGUGAAAGUGCCCCAGGACAGGGCCAGCACAGACCUCCCCAGCCCCAUGGACAAGACCGACUCAGAAAGCAACAAGGGCAAAAAGCGGAGGAAUCGAACCACCUUCACCAGCUACCAGCUGGAGGAGCUCGAGAAGGUCUUCCAGAAGACGCACUACCCAGAUGUCUACGCCAGGGAGCAGCUGGCCAUGAGGACGGACCUCACCGAGGCUCGGGUGCAGGUGUGGUUCCAGAACCGCCGAGCGAAGUGGCGGAAGCGGGAGCGCUUUGGGCAGAUGCAGCAGGUCCGGACCCACUUCUCCACCGCCUACGAGCUGCCUUUGCUCACCCGCGCCGAGAACUACGCCCAGAUCCAGAACCCCUCCUGGAUCGGCAACAACGGAGCCGCCUCCCCUGUGCCCGCCUGCGUGGUGCCUUGCGAGACGGUGCCCUCCUGCAUGUCGCCCCACGCCCACCCCCACGCGGCCAGCAGCGUCUCUGACUUCCUGGGCGGCCCGGGCGGCCCCGUGGGACAGACUCACAUGGGUGGCCUCUUCGGCGCGGCCGGCAUGAGCCCCAGCCUCAACGGCUACGAGCUGAGCGGCGAGCCGGACCGCAAGACCUCCAGCAUCGCUGCCCUGCGCAUGAAGGCGAAGGAGCACAGCGCGGCCAUCUCCUGGGCCACAUGACGAGGGGCGGCACGCCCGGCACCCGCCACGCGUGGGGGGACAGCAGAACCCACCCCACCCCGCUCGGACUCCAGCCAGCAGCUGCCUCCUCGAGGAUCUGACCGCAGCACUUUCAGCUACCCUCGGCGCGUUCAAGGACACAUGGGGACGUAAGUGGGGCGCUCCCGGCCCCGCCGCGCCGCCGCCUGGGGUCGUGCGAGGAGAAGGAGGGGUGCGGAGCAGUGCCCCCUUCCACUGAGGUCUGGGCUGGGAUGAGUUCCCCUCCCAUCGUCCCCUCCCCGCAAUAACCCAGGGUUGUUUUUUUCCUCCCUGCUCCUCUUUCUGACACCAGACCUGCCUUUCCAAAGAGCAAGAGCCCGAAGGUGUUUUCAGGGGCUUCUGCCAGCCCACCGCCACCACCACUAGUCCAUACAUACCUCCACGCUCCCCUUCGCCUCCUAACUUGGUGGCAGUGUUGCUCAGAUCUGUUCUGCCCUGGCCAGUGGAUGGGAUGGAGACUGGCACCAACACAGAGACAUCUCUCAGGUUCCCACUCUUUAGCAAGCAUCUAUGGCUUCCUGCAGCCAAGCCGGGGAGACACCUUGAAGCUAGAAAGAAGGCAACGUUUGCCCACCCAUCUCCUCCUGCCCUGCUUCCUUUCCAUCCUGCAGGCUGAGACGAAGCUCAGAGAUGUAGGAGGCUGUGCAGGGUAUGUUCCUUUUCUCUUCCAUGGUGCUGGCAGUUUUGGCCAGGCUCUGGUCACCCACCCCAGUAGAAGAUAGCUUCCCAGCAUGGUUUGCUGUCCCAGGGAGCACCUGGGCUUGGCUUGCCCACAGUCACAGUCAGUGUUGAGGCUCAUGUGCAUGGUGGGGCAGCAAAAUAUCUCCUCUGGCUUUCCCUGGGUUGAGAAUUACUGCUCUCAGUUUAGAGGCAGCAGCUAAGGGAGGGGACAACAGCUGCGGUGAAAACCCGCAGGUCUCCAAAGAGACUGCUCUGAGAAGUGCCAGCACACAACCAAGGCUGCCUAAGGUCAUCAGAACCCUCCUCGACCUUGCCCUGGCGCUGGAUAUGUGCAACCACAGCCCCUCCCUGCAGCCCUCCACCCCAGGGUCCUGCUGCACACAGCUGCUAUGGGCAUCUCCUGGUGGGUACAGCACAGGGAGCAGGCUGUGAAGGUUCAAAGGGCUGGGUGAGGUGACGCUGUGACACCUCCAGCCUCUUCGGAUCCUCUUCAUCUUGCAGAGGAAGCAGGAGACACCAGAGCGUGCCUGGCUUGCCAGAUGUGCCUCCUCUGCUUUUCCAUCCCAGUGCUUUCCAAGGAAUAACAUUGGGCCAACCUUUUGCCCCACCAGGGGGAAGCCGAAGCUUCUCUGAGCACCACCAUCCACAAAGCGUGGCCUGAGCUGGGGCAGCUGCCCCCUAGGCUCACAAGAGAAACGCAGGGCUCUACUGCCACCAGAACUUGCAUCCCCCUCCUCCUGCUCGGUGCCACCACUAACCUGCUGGGAUAAGAGAACAGCAGCAGAGACGAGGCAUGGGACUUUUUCAUUUGGAAAAGACCUUUAAUGUCAUUGAGUCCCACAGGGAACCCAGCACCCCCAAGUCCACCACUGCACCGUCUUCUUCAGUGCCAAGGAAGGCAUCUCAAUGACCUAGAGAUGCCUUCCAGCCUCUAGAGACACCUUCUAGCAUCUCAGGAUGCCUUCCUGGGUACACCACACCCUUAACCUACACCACAUGCAUGAGCAGAGCCUUUCCCACCACAAGCAGCCAGGACUUGGGUGCCAGCCUGAACUUUCAACUCGGCCAUUGAGCCUGAUGGCUUAGGUGCUAACUGUGAUCACUGGAUCAGGACAGAAAUCACCAACCAGACAAGGUGGAAAUCCCCCCCCCACCGGGCACACUGGAAGCUUCUGAGUGUCCUGGGCCACCAAAGGAUUGGAUGGCAGAAGGUGGCUUCUCCAGCAGGUCUUGGUGCAGUAGGGAGAGCAUUUUCCCAGGUACACUGAGGGGCAGGAUGUUGUCCAUGGUCGGCAUACAGUGCCUUGAAGAAUUGCUGCCCUGAGGGGCACAUGAUCAUAGAGUUGCAGGGUGCUUUGGGUUGGAAGGGACCUUUAAAGCUCACCUAGUCCAGCUCCCUGUGUUCUCCCCACAAGGCCAAUUAGGCUGGUAGGGUAGGUGGACACAUGAAGAUGGGUCUCGUGUGGCCUGCGGGUACCCCAGCAGGGGUUUGUGGCCAUUCCAGAGUUUAGUUAAAAGGCAGCUUUUCCUCCUGGCCUUCCACAGGGCCAGCACCUCACCUGGGCCCAGAGGACUGAAGGAGGCAUCCCUUGCCUUAGGGAAAGAGGAGAGACCCCUGGCAGCAGUCAGAGAGGCUUGGCCAAGGCUUUCUCACCCCUUAAAACCCGGGUGCAAAGCACACAUUGGACUCACCACCUGCUUUAAACCCCACUGCCCAAAAGCAUCAUGAGGUGAGGGUGGGGAAACGUUGCUCCCCAGAGCCUCAGAUGUCACGGGGCUUCCCACGGGUGACUUGAUGGAAGAGGCUCCUCUUGGCAGUCUCCAAAAGCAGGUUGAAGCCACCCAGGUUUUUAAUUGAUUUAAAGGGGGGGGGUGUUGUUUGGUUGAAGUUAGCUGAUAACAAGGACCUCUGACUAAAUACAUGCACAUUUUGUGUGUAUAUAUAUACCAAGCCAACCUGCAUCUCAACAUCAUCUAAAGAGUCAGCACUGCUCCUGCAAGCUCAAGUUACCAUCAUGAAGCCCUUUUUUUUUCCCUAAUGAAUGGUUUUUAUAAGGAGGAUGAUUUUAAUGCCUUUCCACUCUUAUGACUUCCUUCUCUAUUUAUUUCUUAGUUGGUGUUUCACUCCUGCCCAUACAUUGAGUUGUGCUUCCUAUCUUGGAUUUGCCUUUGAAGCUCCAAGCUCUGUCCCAAACAAAACUUCAUUAAAGUGGUUCCCAAGCCA